GAAUCUGUCUGUCGAGAAAUCUUUCUGAGUGCGACGUCGAAUGGUGACAACCGUCGCGAAAUAUUCUCUGUUAUUCGUAAUAAUAGUGACGUGGCCGUUGUUCACGGUGGCAGCGACAUGUCUGUGAUAGUGGACGUGAUCGAUGUGUGGAAUAAUGGUUGUCAUUCCCAUCGCGGAAGCAAGAAUCGGGCCGUUCAAUCGCCGCUGAUAGUGUACAGCCACGGCGGAGUUAACCAGCUCGGCGGCGUCUUCGUGAACGGAAGGCCCCUACCGGAUGUAGUCAGGCAGAGGAUCGUCGAGCUAGCGCACAGCGGCGUCCGACCGUGCGACAUUUCCAGACAACUCAGGGUAUCUCACGGCUGUGUAUCCAAGAUACUGUCGAGGUAUUACGAGACCGGCAGCUUCAAGGCUGGUGUCAUAGGCGGUUCCAAGCCGAAAGUGGCUACGCCACCGGUCGUCGAGGCGAUCGCAAAUUACAAGAGGGACAAUCCGACAAUGUUCGCUUGGGAGAUCAGGGACAGGCUGCUAGCCGAAGGCAUUUGUUCUCAAGACAACGUGCCAUCCGUCUCAUCCAUCAAUCGGAUCGUGAGGAACAAAGCGGCGGAGAAGGCCAAACACGCGCAUCAGCAACAGCAGGCCCAGCAGCAGCAAGGUCAGCAGCAAGGUCAGCCAGGAUCAGGUGGUUCCGUCUCGGUGAUAGCCCAUGCACCUGCGACGGCGGCGGGUCAUCCGGCCGCGACCGCUCCCAACGCUUACAGCAUCAGCGGCAUCCUGGGAAUCCCGGCCCACCAUCAGGAUCCGAACGGCAACAGCAUCAAGAGGAAACGUACCGACGACGACGACAACCGAGACCUGAACGAUCAUCCCGAGGACGACCUGAAGAGACAGAGGAGCAACUACAACGGCGACCAAUUGUACUCGAACCUGUGGUCGAGUAAAUGGAGCAUCAAGGACGAACACAAACUCCUGAGCGAGCUCGGUGGCGGAGGCGGUGGUGGCGGCGCGACCGGCGGUACGAACGGCGCUGGAAACGGAGGAGGUGGCGGCGGUGGAGGAGGUGGUGGAGGUGGAGGAGGUGGCGGAGGUGGUGGUGGAGGUGGUGGCGGCGGAGGUUACUACGAACACGGAGGAUUCCCCGGGAACGCGAUUGCCACCUCCGCAGAGCUCUACGACUCCCUGGGCACCAUCAGCACGAUGACGCAGGCGCAAACGCCCCAUCUCUACACCCCGCCCAUAGGGGGCACCAUAGCAGGUGGUACUUUGACGCCGCUCGCACCACUGACGAUGCAAGAACUAAAAUUGAGCCAAACAUUGGACGGGGCUAACAUGUCUCCUUACCACACCACCGCAGAGAGCAGUACCGUCGCAGUGUCGUAUGUCGGGGUGGGGGCCGGUGGGGGCGAGCAAAGUCCCCCGAUUUCGUUGCAGAACGAGACAAACGCCACCCCCGCGGCCCCCAACACCCCUGGAGGCGAUCCCGGACUGACGGUCUUGCAGCCGCCAGUUUCGCAGCCCCAGGUAGCAUCUGCGAUACCGCCGUACUCAACGAUGCUUCCCAGUUUCGGACACUACGCCACCGGUGGUGGUGACUACGCGUACAGCGCGGCGUAUUCCCAAUACUCGAGCGCGCCGUACAGCGGUUACGGUUAUGGAGCAGCGACAAGCGGGUUGCUCAACUCCACGUACUAUUACUGUAACGGGGACACGCUGGCGUCUUCCCACAACAAUUCGCAGCAGGGCGGCGGAUGCAACAACAACAACAACAACAACAACAACGGCGGGCCAGAGAACAGCACGGACGUGGCCAGUCGCUCGCCAUUGGCGGCAACCAGGGCGAGCAGCGGCGCGAGCGCAGCCUCGCCGACCGGAAGCGCGUGCACGAAACCGGAUCACACGUCCACGCCGACCGAUCUCUAUCUGGCCUAAUUGCUCGAUGGUACAGGAGACCAACUCCGGGCAGAGUGUUUUCCUGGUGUGUGGGAACAACAACAACAACAACAACAACAACAGCGACCAGCAACCGAUGGACGCCAUAUCAACGAAGAGCCACGCUGAUAUCCAAGCAAUGAUCUCUCUUAUACUCUUUUUUUUUCUUCUCUUGUUUUUUUUUUCCUUUCUUGUCCACGGAACGAGAACACCGGGGGACUAUUUUACCGAACACCGCGGCCCGAUCGAUAAUUCGGGGAAAUACGAUCGGGACACGUACCGUUUCUCGUAUGGAAUCGCGAAAGGGACUGUCCGAACCGACACGACCAGACACCCCGCGGGCCGUUCUCCGGUGAAAUCGACGAUAACGAACUCUUUACACGAGCACCCCGACGACGAAAACGCAGUCGCGAGCCAGAUAACAUGUGUCGCCUUAAAGACGUCGUAAAGGCGUCUUAGACCUAAAAUAGCCGUAAAAUUGGCGUCUUUGAGGCGUCAUGCGGUAUCUAAGGAACAUUCAACAUUGUCGACCGACAAUCCCGAGAGAGAUAGAGACUUGGACCCCUUUACUCGACGAUGAAAUAUUAACCGCGACAGGAACAGUUGGUGGAUCGUGUAUCGAGGAUUGUUUGCAUCGGAAUCGGGGGCAUCGAGAUCGUGCAGAUAACACGUGUGUAUAAUGGUUAAUCGUCGUUGGACGAGGACCCGCAUAAAAGGAAGACGCCUGCUAGGGAUUACGCCUAUCGUCGACGAUUAUCCGUGAGAAUUUUCAACGAACGUCAACGACUCGACCGAUCAGGGAGUUCGGGGUGUCUGGCCCCGAAGCAAGAACGCGGUCGAGCCGCGAGAUUACGAUGUUUCCCCUCAUCAAGGCCCACGCGGACAGUGUCGGUACAC